AUGAAUAGACUUACUAACGAGCAACGCUUGCAAAUCAUUGAAUUUUAUUACCAAAAUCAGUGUUCGGUUCGAAAUGUGUUUCGCGCUUUACGUCCGAUUUAUGGUCUACAUAAUCGACCAAGUGAGCAAACAAUUAAUGCGAUUGUGACCAAGUUUCGCACUCAGUUUACUUUAUUGGACAUUAAACCAACCACACGAAUGCGUACAGUGCGUACAGAAGAGAAUAUUGCGUCUGUUUCUGAGAGUGUGGCUGAAGACCGUGAAAUGUCGAUUCGUCGCCGUUCGCAGCAAUUGGGUUUGUGUUAUUCGACCACAUGGAAGAUUUUACGCAAAGAUCUUGAUGUAAAACCGUAUAAAAUACAGCUCGUGCAAGAACUGAAGCCGAACGAUCUGCCACAACGUCGAAUUUUCAGUGAAUGGGCCCUAGAAAAGUUGGCAGAAAAUCCGCUUUUUUAUCGACAAAUUUUGUUCAGCGAUGAGGCUCAUUUCUGGUUGAAUGGCUACGUAAAUAAGCAAAAUUGCCGCAUUUGGGGUGAAGAGCAACCAGAAGCCGUUCAAGAACUGCCCAUGCAUCCCGAAAAAUGCACUGUUUGGUGUGGUUUGUACGCUGGUGGAAUCAUUGGACCGUAUUUUUUCAAAGAUGCUGUUGGACGCAACGUUACGGUGAAUGGCGAUCGCUAUCGUUCGAUGCUAACAAACUUUUUGUUGCCAAAAAUGGAAGAACUGAACUUGGUUGACAUGUGGUUUCAACAAGAUGGCGCUACAUGCCACACAGCUCGCGAUUCUAUGGCCAUUUUGAGGGAAAACUUCGGACAACAAUUCAUCUCAAGAAAUGGACCCGUAAGUUGGCCACCAAGAUCAUGCGAUUUAACGCCUUUAGACUAUUUUUUGUGGGGCUACGUCAAGUCUAAAGUCUACAGAAAUAAGCCAGCAACUAUUCCAGCUUUGGAAGACAACAUUUCCGAAGAAAUUCGGGCUAUUCCGGCCGAAAUGCUCGAAAAAGUUGCCCAAAAUUGGACUUUCCGAAUGGACCACCUAAGACGCAGCCGCGGUCAACAUUUAAAUGAAAUUAUCUUCAAAAAGUAAAUGUCAUGAACCAAUCUAACGUUUCAAAUAAAGAACCGAUGAGAUUUUGCAAAUUUUAUGCGUUUUUUUUUUUAAAAGUUAUCAAGCUCUUAAAAAAUCACCCUUUAUAUAUGGUCGAAAAUAUGUAAUAGAGAAAAUUACCGCUAAAAAUUUUUUGUCUGUAGUUGAAUAUUUUUGCUCAUGAUUAUUUAGAGUUCUUGAAAUGUAGCAUACUGGUUGGCCUUGCUGUGAAAGCACUAUGCUAUUGCAAGUCACUAGCAUCAGUAGUGAUACUGAAUUCUUUGUCGUACUCUGGGAAUUUGAGAGUUGGGUGAGAUGAAAUGAGUGCUUUUAAAUUUUCAAAGCUUUCAAUAUAUUGUGGAUCUUUAGCGUUUAUUUUAUUGCCCUUUUUCAAAUAUUUUAUCAUGGGGUAAGCUAUUUUAGAAUAAUAUUUUAUGAAUUUUCGAUAAUAGCCCGUUGCUCCUAAAAAUCCUUUUAACUGUUUCUCAGUUUUUGGUAUUGGUAGCUUUUGAAUCGCUAUAAUUUUAUCUGGAUUAGGCUUGAUGCCUUCUUUUGUUAAAAUGUGUCCUAGGAAUGUAGUUUCUCUUUGAAGAAAACUGCAUUUAUCUGCCUGUAUUUUUAAUUUAUUCUCUUGUAGUUUCAAAAAAUUUUUUUUUAAUGAGUCUAUGUGCUCUUCUAAUGAAGUUGAAAAAAUUAAUAUGUCAUCUAAAUAUACGACACAUAUUUUAUUUAUAUAUUCCCUCAAUAUGUCAUUCAUAAAUCUCUGAAAAGUAGCUGGGGCAUUUUUCAACCCGAAAGGCAUUCGGACGUAUUCAUAUAGUCCUGCCGGAGUGACAAAAGCUGUUUUCUGGAUGUCCCUUUCUGCCAUUAAAAUCUGAUGGUAACCUUUUGCUUAUAAAGUACUGUGCUUUGCCCAAUUUAUCUAAGAUUCCAUCGAUAUUCGGUAGAGGAUACUUAUCGUCUACAGUCAAUUGGUUUAACCUCCUAUAAUCAACCACUAGCCUGAAUUUUUGUAUUCCUGACUUAUCUAUCUUUUUCGGUAUUAUUAGAAUAGGGGAGCUAUAUCUACUGUGACUUAUUAUCCCUUGCUCUUCUAAUUCAGAAAUCUGUCUUCUUACUUCUUCUUCAUGUUUUGGAGGUAAUCUAUAAAUUCUUGAGUUUAUUUGUUGAUCCGUAACUGUUUUAAUUUCAUAAACUACUGCUUUUGCAUUUGUGAGUUUGUCCCCUUCUUUAUAGAUAAGUUUAUUGAAAUGCUUUAAUAAUUUUUCGAUUUCCUUUUUCUCAUUUGAUUUUAAAUGAUCGAGGUUGAUGUUCUUUACUUCACUUAUAUCUAAUGAAUAAACUUGCUCUUGCAUAGUUUUCAUAUAGAAUGGAAGAUUCACACCAUUUUUCAAAAUUAUUGUCAUUUUUUCGAUAUCAAUGGUUUUAACAUUUUUAAAAAGGAAAUCAUUUCCUAUUAACAAAUCAUAUGGUUUAUUAAAAUCCAUUAAUAACCAUCUCAUUUUUGCGUUUUCCGGGUAUUUAAAUUCUUUGGGACAAGGGCUUUUUACCUUAACAUUUGGCGUUUUAAUUAUCCCGUUUAAAGUAUUCACCAAAGUGCUUUCACUUUCAAGCACUGGUAAUUUAAAUUUUUCGAAACUCGAUUUUUUCAUUAUACUUAUGGUUGAACCUGGGUCGACCAAAGCAUAAAAUUUUUUCUCAAAAAAUGUAUAUAUUAUUAUAAUUUUGUUUAAUGAUUCCGAGGCUAAUUUGUAAAAAACUCCUCGUUCGUGUUUGAUUCUUGUGGAUCACCUCUCCUACUCAUUGUGUCCACGUCCAUGGGUUCUGGUCCCCUAUUUUGUACUUGUUGUCUACUAUUUACUGAAUUUCUUUGCUGUUGUGAAUAAUUAUAAUGAUUUGGAUUUGUUCGAACUUGUUCUGAAUAGUUUGUACGAUUUUGCCAUCGAGGCUGUCUUGUUUGAUUGGAUUGUUGUCGAUGAAGGUUUAUUUGACGUUGUCCGGAUUGUGGACGAUACUGUUGUUCAGAAAGAUUUUGAUUUUGUGAACGAUAUUGUCCUGAAUAAAAAUUUUUGUUGUUAACACCAUUAUUUUUGGUAUUAGCUUGAAAGUUGUUUCCCCCUUUUUUUAGAUAAGGAUUUAGAUUGCCUUCAUCCAACCCAAUAAAUUUAUAAAUUUCAUUCGCCAUUUCCGUUAAUGAUGUGACCGAUUGCACUGUAUAUGCGAAUGUCCCUGAUUCUAAUUGUUUUAUUCGCUGAAUUAGCAUCCCUGAAAAAAUUUCUCUCAUAGUGUCACCAUUUUCGCUUAGUGCACUAUAUUCUGUUAUGUCAUCCACGAUUUCGUUUAAUCUUCUACUUAAUUCAGCUAUACUAUUUACUUUCAAAAUCGAAAUUUCUUUCGUAAUCAUUAAUUGAUUUUUUGUGGGUCUAUAAUGUUGCCUUAAUUUAGUUUUACAACUUUCCCAAUUUUCAGGUGGGUUUAUUUGCAAAAAAUUUUUUGCUGAUCCACCAAUUUUCAAAUCAUAAAUAACCCUGAAUACUAUUUCUUCCUGUCCUACAUAGUCCCUUCGUACCCUGUCAACUGCUUCAAUGAAAGAUGGCAAUUUUUUUACAAUUCCUUCAAAGGGAGAUACAUAUCUUAAGUCUUUUUCGACUCUUUGCCUAAUUGUAAGUUGAUUUAUUGCUGCAUUUUGUGCAGCUAUCUGUGUUAAAGAUGCCAAGCAUCGAGUUAGCAUUUCUAUUUGCUCUGCCAUAUUUUUUAUUUUUAAUUUUUAUUUUAUUUUUGCAACAAAAAUUAUAAAACAAUUGCAACUCUGUUAGCUUGUUUCUUUUCUCGUUUGUUCGUUUCUUUUUCUAACUUUAUUGUUUUUGAAUUGAUUGAAACAUUUAGUGAGUAUAAUUUCUGCGUUGACUAUUUUUUUUUUCUUUUUUUUUUUACAAAGAAAGUAAUGACUUCAAAUAAAACUACUACUUAAAUUAUUAAUUGAAUAUUAUUUUACCUUGCUGUUGGUGCUGCUGUUUUUGUUGUUGUUUUGUUGUUACUGUUACUGGUGUCGUUGUUGUUGUUAAUGUUGUCGUUGUUAAAUUAUUAGUUGAAUAUUAUUUUACCUUGCUAUUGGCGCUGCUGGUUUUGUUGUUGUUUUGUUGUUACUGUUACUGGUGUCGUUGUUAUUGUUAAUGUUGUUGCUGUUUUUGUUGAGUUUGCUGCUACCCCUGUUGUUGUUGUUCUUGCCUCACUUUUACUCCAAAUUCUUGCUUAUUUUUUAAAUUUUUAUUUUUUAAAUAUUUUUAUUUGCUGAAUAAGAAUUGUUUCACCUUUCAAUUUGAUCACGGAAAGUUAUUAAUGUUUCUAUAUUUAUUUAUUACUUUUAAUGCUAUUUUUCAUAUUUUUAUUUGCUGAAGAAGAAUUGUUUCACCUUUCAAUUUUUUCACGGAAAGUUAUUAAUGUUUCUAUAUUUAUUUAUUACUUUUAAUGCUUUUUUUCAUAUUUUUAUUUGCUGAAGAAGAAUUGUUUCACCUUUCAAUUUUAUCACGGAAAGCUAUUAAUGUUUCUAUAUUUAUUUUUUACUUUUAAUGGUUUUUUUUCAUAUAUUUAUUUGCGUUCAAUUUUCGGUCGCGGUCAAACAAAAACUUGGUUUUUACAAAAGCCGACUGCGCCAAUUACGAUUUUCUGUGAAUGCAUAGAAAAUGUUUUAUUUUGAAUGAAUGAAACUCCGGUGUUACCGUACAGUGCGGCUUGCCGUUCAGUUUAUUAUUAACCAUCCCAUUCCUUAUAAAAAUCCUAUUUAUUAAAUUUACUUGAAGCCGUUGUGCUGACUUGACAUUCCUCAGCAUCAACGACCCGGCAUAUCUUAAAUAAACAUAUCAAUGGUAUUUGAUUUCAUAAUCAUGCUUGCUUAUGCAUAUUAUAUAUUUAUGCAUGUUAAUAUGCAAUCUGAAGAUUCAACUUACAUUUUAUAUGAAUAAAAAAAUACUUAAAAAAUACUUGUCUUUUUUUUGACAGUGGUGGAGCCGUUUGACGGCGCAACUCGCGUGCUAAACCAAUCGUAGUUACCAUAAUUUUAAGCAAUAUUUGGAUAUACACUACUGGAUAGUUCAUAUUUAUUAGAUGUGAAUUGGCAAAUCGUAGUUGGAAUCGAUAUUAAUCCACUGCAAGGAUCUAUCGGAACUUGUCCAUUUCCGAUUCGCAGCGGCUCUUUUGAAAAGACCUCCGCAGUUCUAUCGUUUUGCACCAAAACUCGCAUAUUCAUGGUGGAUUGUGUAAAUUCUUCUCAAUGCAUUAGUUGAAAAAACACCUGGAUAACCAUCUACCGGAUGGCCGUUCUUCCUGCGCAACCAUUUCUUCGACAAUGCAUUCCAUGUAUUAUACCGAGGCAUCUCCGAGUAAAGCAAUGUUCUCGCGAACGGAUCACUGGCGCAUGUUGCAAAGAAACUUGUUGAAGUGGUUGCUGGUGGUAUUUCCGUUCGCUGUACUAUGUUCUCUGCGUUGAAAUAAACUCGUUGGCCAUUCUCCAAAUGAGCUGCCAGAUGCACAACAGUAGGAUGGCGUUCAUGAAUUGCAAAUGAAAAUAUUCUCCAGAUUGCUUCAUUGCAGUUCAAAUAUCUGCCCAUUUGAAAUUUGAUAAUUUCAUCUCGUUCAACGCCAAUAACCGCCAUAUCGCUUCCUUUGGUGACAUAUUUGCAAACAUACUUAAUUGAUUUUAUUGAACUGCAAUACUCAACAUUUAUAUGUGUUUUGAAUGCCUUAGACAAAAUUGGCGAAUAGGGAACGAUCCAUGUGUUAUCAACCACGAAAUUCUUUCCUUUCAAUUGAGUGAUGAAUGUUCUGCCAUUGUCAGCGGGUGAGCGACGCCGAUAGAGAGGGUAUCCGUCGUUUCCAGUUUGAGUUUCCGAAAUAAAAGCACGGGGAUAGCGUUUUUUGCAUUUACUGUCCGACAUACAAACCGAAGAUGGAUCGUGUUCUCCGCAUGGUCCAUGAACCAUAUUGGCCAUCUCCACUUCGUGCAACUCUGCUGCCUUAAAUGGUGCAAAACUAUUUAUGGCAUAUUUGAUUUUGCUUUUGUCUACUAUUUGGCUUUGAUAAUCAGCUGCGUUCAACGGUGGUUCUGAUUAAACCCUCGUUGAAGGUGUUUGCUGACUCCCGGGGAAGUGCGUUGUAAUUAGUACCUCCAGAAACUCUUUUGCCGAGGAGGUCCAAUCACUUCCCUCCGCCCUAAUGUAGGCAGUAUUAAUAUGAUCUUUGGAUAGCAUUUUGCUCAGCCUAGCGGUUUCUCUGCAACUUUCUAUAAAUGUGCAGAAAGAUCGCCAUGAGUCGUUCUUAGCUUUCCGGACUGUUUUUUUUUGUAUCUUUUCAUAAUAUCUUUAUAUGGCUGCCAGAUUUGGGUUCUAAAACUCUCAUUGAAAGCUUUCCUUAGUUGUGUUCUUCAAUUCUUUCUCUUUUUCAAAACUGUUAGCGGAGUAGAUUUAUUGAAAGUUAUAGUACUAUAAUAUAUAAAUAAUUUCUAUAGCAUUUUCGUUUUACCCAACCCGUUUUGACCUCUCGCUGCCCUUAUUCACCAAAGGUGGCCAUGACGUUUUUAUUGUGAACGGGGGGUAGAUUAAGUACUGUGAAUGGUCACUUUCCUUACUCUCUUGUACCAUGGCGCGAAGAGCAGUUUAAUACAAAAGAAUGAAAAAGAAAAAACGUUUUAACGAUUUUCAGGUAAGGUUUAUUAUAUUUUAUGAAUAUAAUUCACUUAUUUUUCUAACCUUUUGAAGACGUGGAAUUUCCUUUCCCCUGACUAUAGGGAUCGUAACCUUCGGGAGGCUCAAUGGCAUGAGUGGAUGACAUAUUACAGAUGCCACGGUGGGAAGUAGCAGCUAAAUGGAUCAGCCUUCGCUACUCUUUUCGCUUAAGUAUUGUCAAAUAAUACGCAAGUAAUUAGAUAACAAAUAUUUACAAAAGCGUCCACGAUGAGUCUUUAACUCACUGAAGUUCCCUGUGCCUACUUUGCAUGUUGGAGCGAACACCACAUCGAAUUUGUUAAAUGACAGUCCGUCACCCCUCCCCCAAUAUAGUUGGAGUCAGGUGAUUUACCUGGUUCAUCUGACGAAAUACGCCUCCACAUCACGAGACAGUUUAUUGAGACGUUAAAAUCAAAAAUACGAUUAUGGACAUAUUCAAGACGUGGUACCCUCAAGUCAGCUCCGAAGGCGCUUGGGAUGUUUUUUGGUAUCCAAUGGCCGAGAGUAGCCCAAGAAUUUCCAUAACUGGACCACAAAGAUUUUAAGCGGGAUUUGAUAUAAUGUUGAUAUCAACAUAAAGUAGCAAGUUUAAAGCUCAACAUAAUGGCUUCCGAAAUCAUAUGGUUAUACUAUAUCUAUACUAAUUAUAUAAAAUCGCUUAUAUGAAAAAUGUUUGUAACGGCUAAUCUCCUAAAGUUCUGAAGCGAUUUUUAUAAAUUUUUUUUUAAAAUAAAGCAUUUGCUCUAGGCUCGCGAGUGGCAUACUUUUUUUUUUAAUUUUCCGAAAUCAAAUCCUUUUUCUUUCGGGUUGAAGUUUUUGAAAAACCAAAAAUAUUGCAAGCAUAAGGUUUUUCGUUCACCAAACGCAGUCUACAGCGAAGCGCGCUUUGUGUGUGUGCGUGUGCCCUUGAUCGUUUGCGGCACGCACUCUCUCUCUCUUCCAUCUCUGCACAUCUUUUCCAGCAUAACGUAAUGAAGUAAAGUACAUACAUAUGUACAUAUGUAUGCACUCUCUCUUCCAUCUCUCGCAUCUUUUCUACAUAACUUAUUGAAGUAAAGUACAAAGCAAAAAAGUUUGCAUAUAUAAAUGAUCGCAGAACAAGUGAAAUAACGCUAAACAGCACAAUCAAAUGCCCGCAUAAAUUGCCGUAUGUAUGCAUGUAUGUAGAUAUGUAAAUACAGUGUCAACUAUAUUUAUUCUGUUUUACAGCUACUUAUUUUGCAGCAACGCACCGUUGCUUGAAUUGCUUUUCUUAUUGUCUUUGUACUUUUUUGUAACAAAGCACAUUGAAAAUAAAAACAGAACGCUCUCCGUAAGGAACAUCCAAAAACCAAUAAAAUCAAAUAUUAAAAUGUAAUGUGGUUUUCAUGUGUGUCUGCGAAAUACUUGCUGGUUUCUUCUAACUUUUUUGUAUUUAUGAUCGUAUUCUGCAAAUGGUAGAGUAAAAUUGGAAAUUUAUUGUCUUUAAAUCAAAAGGUAAAAAUUAGAUUUAAGCGAAACUAAUUUGGUUAAUAAUAAAUAUACGGUUUUUACAAUAAAAGCUUUCAGAGAUGCCAAAAGCAAAAUCUCAAUUAUUUAGAUUCUCAUCAAAUAGACGGCAAAUUCAGCUAAGACGAAAUGAGACGGUCGACGAGAGUGCAAAUCGCGUAGAGCAGGGAUGGGCACAUUUUUAGCCCGCAAAGUUAGCAAAGUGCGCACGGCGGCUAGAUGAGGGGAAUAUCAGUUUACGGAGAGAAGGGCAUAACAAGUUGAGAAAAAUUGCGAAAAAAAUGAAUUACAUUCCUCCGUAACUUGAUGUUCAUCGCAGAGUGGUUGCGGCAAUACUGACAUUGUACACAAAUUUAAGGGUGGAAGUUUACUUCAUAUCGGAAUUGUACAGUUGUGUGAACAAAAAGGGGUAAACAUAAUUUGCAGAGUUUAGAGUUUCGCAUUAAAAUUUGUUUUUAUUUACCUUUGCAUGGUGGGAAAUUUUAAUCACUGUUAGGAAAAAAUAUAUAUAUGUGAUGUUAUGUAUCUAAAAACAAUUUUAUUUAAUAAGAAAACAGCAUAUUUUAAAACUUCACAA